GACUGACUGGAGUCGCGACUACCGUUCGCAACUCUUGCGCCCGUUCAGCGUUCCAUCGCUCAGGGUAUGUAUAAUGUAUACAGCUGCGUACAGCUCGGAUGGCGGUGGGGCGAUUAGAACCGAGAGCCCGCGUUCACAUGCGUAGUUCGCUCGGCCGUCAGUCAAAGAGUCGGUCGGUUCUCCGCAGGAAUAGUUCGCGGGAGCGAACGGAGCGAGCUGCAAGCAGACGCGCUAUUCCCAUUCCUCCGGCUUCCAGCCUCCAGCAUUUCUGCGUCCUUCGCAGAGAACACGCGCCCGCGCCCAACAGCCUCGCGACAAGAGGGUGAAACGGCGGCGGCGGUUAUCUCUGUUGUUUUUUUCGUUGCAUACCUAGUUGUGGGUGGCGCCGCAUCGUCGUUGAUCGGUCCAUUCCGACUUGGCGUUAGAUCGUGUCGGUCGUCGUUUUUAUCGUCAGUGGUCAGUGGUGACUGACGUGUGUUGGGAUAGAAAUGCCGCCGAACGAGGGUAGCAGGGGCAAGGAAUUAUCCUCGUCGCAAGUGACAACACACGCGUGAAUGCGCUAAGCGUGCAUACGUGCGUGCGUGCAUGCGUGCGUGCGUGCGUGCCUAUGUGCCGUGUGAUGCAUUCGGUGUACGGUGGUAGAAGGUAGUGGCUGCAGGCGAGGAGGAGGACAGGAGUAGUCCGUCCCCUUCUGGAGCGAGGCCGGCGUCCGGCAGCAUGAGCCCACGGCGCUCGGCUGCAGCUGUCACUUUUAUACUUUCGUUGUUGUUAUUAUUAUCGUUGUUGUUGUCGAUCGGCAAUAACGGAUGCUCAGCUCAUUCGGAUCGCACGACACCCUCGCAGACUUCCCUGGAUCGCUGCAACGCCACUGCUGACGGUAGAGAGGUUGUCUGCCGUGGGGCGGGUUUCGACACGAUAUACGGACCGCUCGGAUCAGCAACCCUUUCGCACUCCGUCAAUCUCACCAAAAUCGAUUUGUCGAACAACAAUAUAACUAACAUUCCGGCCUUUGCAUUUCAUCAGUUAUCUACACUUCAAGUUUUGUCUUUUCGACGUAAUCAUUUGGUUUCAAUCAGCAUCGAUGCGUUUGUUAAUUCAACGAAUUUAAAAGUGCUAGAACUUGACGACAAUCUGCUGACAGAAAUACCCAGAGCUAUCGUACAGCUACAAAACCUCGAGGACUUGUCUAUAACGAAUAAUCGAAUACAAAGGAUAGAAAGCGGAUUGCUACAGCACUUGGGAAAUCUGGAGUCUUUGGAUCUGCGAGGAAAUCCCAUAAAAGAAAUACACCCCGGUAGCUUUCAGGAACUCAAGAAACUUCGUAAACUGAUUUUGUCCAACGUUAGGGAUUUGAAAGAGUUUCCAAACCUAAACGGAACCGGCGCACUAGAGUUGCUAAGACUAGAUCGCGCUAGACUGAAGGAGGUACCAGCUGGACUCUGUCAAACAUGUCCAAAACUUAAGAGUCUAGACCUGAAGUCCAAUUACUUGACGCGCAUUCCAACUUUGACAGAGUGCAGUGAUCUUCGUGUUUUGGACCUGACUAGUAACAUGAUUUCUUCGUUAUCUGGACAACCUUUUAGAAAUCUCUCUGCGCUACAUGAUUUGCUCUUAUCAAAUAAUAAUCUACGAUCGCUACCAGGAGAUGGUUUCGACGGUCUAUUCAAAUUGCAAGUCCUAAAUCUUGAAAGUAAUUACAUUGAAUACAUACAUCCGGAUACAUUCAGAGAGAAUAAACACCUUGAAGAUCUAAAUCUUGGAAACAACGUAUUUCCAACUUUGCCAACGGCUGGACUUUCUCAAUUGCUGCAUUUGAAAACUUUCAAUAAUCCUGCGCUCAAGGAAUUUCCAGCACCCGAAAUGUUUCCCCGUGUUCAGACGAUGGUACUGUCGUAUGCCUAUCAUUGCUGUGCUUUUCUUACCAUGGAAUUGGACGAACCAGUUACCAAAUCACCGGUAGAAGAGUCGGUACUUUUUCCUACCAAUAAUAAAUUUGACAUGAGUCUUUGGAAUUCUAGUCUCACUGAUAUCUGGCCACAGUUACAUAACUUGAGCAACAAAUUUGGAACAGAAAUAAAUGAACUUUGGGAUAACUUUGGUUCAGAUUUUACAUACCCUGGUAACCUGCCUGCCUAUGUGGAGGAUUAUUUUGAGGACCAGGAAGGACGAAGUACAAUUCCAAGUCAUUUGGCACCAUUGCACAUACAGUGCUUACCUCAGCCUGGACCCUUUUUGCCAUGUCAAGACUUGUUCGACUGGUGGACCUUGCGCUGUGGAGUUUGGAUCGUCUUUCUCCUGGCCAUGCUUGGAAAUGGCACCGUUGUAUUUGUCCUGAUCUUUUCAAGGAGCAAGAUGGAUGUACCAAGGUUUUUGGUGUGCAAUUUGGCUGCCGCUGAUUUCUUCAUGGGUGUCUACUUGGGCUUGUUAGCAGUGAUCGAUGCCUCGACACUCGGCGAAUUUAGGAUGUACGCCAUUCGAUGGCAGAUGUCUGCUGGAUGUCAACUUGCUGGUUUUCUCGGUGUUCUCAGCUCUGAAUUAAGUGUUUACACCCUUGCGGUGAUAACUCUGGAAAGAAAUUAUGCCAUUACUCACGCAAUGCAUCUUAAUAAACGGCUAUCUCUGAAACACGCCGGAUACAUUAUGACCGUUGGAUGGGGAUUUGCUCUCUCAAUGGCAACAUUACCCCUGCUUGGCGUAUCUGACUACCGAAAAUUUGCGAUAUGUUUACCAUUCGAAACAACAGGGACAGUUUCUCUUACGUAUGUAGUUUUUUUAAUGCUCAUUAACGGAGUAGCAUUUUUAAUUCUCAUGGGAUGCUACCUGAAAAUGUAUUGCGCUAUUCGUGGCUCCCAGGCAUGGAAUUCAAACGAUUCGAGAAUCGCCAAACGAAUGGCGCUUCUGGUAUUUACAGACUUCUUGUGUUGGUCUCCGAUAGCAUUUUUUUCACUCACUGCAACAUUUGGCCUACAGUUGGUUUCAUUGGAGCAAGCGAAAGUAUUUGCCGUAUUCGUUCUACCCUUAAAUUCAUGUUGCAAUCCUUUCUUGUAUGCUAUAUUAACUAAACAGUUUAAGAAGGAUUGCGUGCUGAUUUGCAAAGCAAUUGAAGAAUCUCGCGUAACGAGAGGUAUAGGUAGAUGUCGUCACAGCUCAAAUUUUAGUAAUCGACAAACUCCGGCCAAUACUAAUAGUCUAGUUGAUAGAUCGUCGAGGGAAAAUCAAGCACCAUGUGUGUGUAAUACUCGGCUCCUCGAAGCAAGUCAAUGUAGAAGUAAUUGGUGGGGAACGAGGUGGUUGUGGCCGUGUACACGUAGUCAGCAUCAAAGACACGCGCGCAGCGAUCAGUACGCCUAUCAAAUUGCCGAAAUACAACAGAAACAACACAAACGUGCUUCGUCUGUGUCAUCUAGUGAAAAUUUCUCUUCUUCAAGAUCAGAUUCUUGGAGACAGACCCACCACUGCGGUAUACCAUUACGAUUACUAGACCCCAAGAGACGGGCCUCUUCAUGGUUAAUAACAAGGAAACCGUCUCAAGACUCUAAUCUUAGCUCAUCGCGCAACGAUUCCUCUGGCUCAGCCACAACUGCUAGCACUAGUACGUGGAGAAUGUCUCGCUCAAGCGCUUCUCUAGACGUGACUGCCCGUCCAGCGCCAAGACCUGUAAGGCCAAAGCCGCGAUUAACGAGACAGCUUGCUGUUCAAGAACCAGAUCCUCCUGCGUCGCCAGGAAGGUUAGCUGUUAGACUUCUGGCCACGAUACCCUCAGCGGCUGAAAUGAGCGAACAGCAGGACGACGAAGGUGUAUUAGGAAAUUGAUAAUGCCAGUAAAAAAGAAAGAAAUUAAACGUAGGGAAAAAUAUAUUUAUACACUUAUUACUUAAGUUAAUGACUUUACACGUGGUGUAGAAAAUUUACUAUUGCAACGGGGUAAUGCAAAUAAUUGGCCAUGUCGGGAGUUGGCAAAUAUAUAUAUAUAUAGUAAUAUACAUAUGACAAGUAAAGAAAAGGCCAUGACAUUAAAUCCACCUCCAUUGCUCUCUGAAAAACAAAAUGUUAAAUUAUUUAUAUAUUUCCAAUAUCAAUAAUAGUAUUAUUUCAUAGUUUUCAGUGUUUCUUUCUCUCUCUCUUGCUCUCAGCUCUCUUAAUGGUGGCGUAAACUCGUAAGGAUAGAAACUGCUGACAUUAAUAUUUGUAGAUUUUCGGAAUUUAUAAGACUGACAAAGUACAUUUUAUACAAUCCCAUGUAGCAAUGCCCACUCAACUGUUACAUUUUAAAUCCACACUACUUGACGUACAAGAUCAAACAAUGCACAACUCGGGUUUAUUAUUAUUACAAUUGUAAGUUACUCGGAGGUGGAUUUGCUGAUAUUUUGUAAAAUCGACACAAAAAUAUCUUGUUAUUAAAAAAUUUGCACGGAACUGAAUUACACACAGAUUCAUGAAAGGUGAAAUCAAAUAGUAGCUAAUGUCAAAUAUUGAAUCUCAAGUCUUGUAGGAAAGUUGGAAAUAUUAUAAUUUCAUCCACAACAUAAUUCCCCUCAAUGAUACGUUUCAAUUUACCAUUUUUAUGUAAGUAUUUAUUAUAUACAAGUAUUAACAUUAUCAUUAAUAUACACAUAUUAUUUAUAAAAGAUUAAUAUAUUCCGUGAAAAUAUACAUCUCAUAACAACAUAUUCAUGUGUAGCCCAUUCAAUUGAUGUAGAUACUAGGAUCUUUUAGUCACUCAUUGUCAGAACUAAUCAUUUCCCUCGUGAAAAUUAUCAUAAAUAUGUACCCGACACACUUAUAGUUUAAUUUAAAACCAGUCCACUCCAAGACACACAGAUUGCGCACCAAUCUUACAAAAAAUAAUCCUGCGCGUAAUUAUUCUAUACAAAAUUAUCCUAUACGAAGGGAUGCUGUGUAAAAUUAUAUUUGCACGUAAAGUUAUCCUCCACGAAAUUUAGUCCUCACAUGGCGUUUACACACAUGAUUACUUGUCUGAUUUCAUGACGAUAUACUUAAUAAGUACGUGUAAAAUAAUUAGGUGUAGGAUAAUUUUCUGUACAAUUGUCAUGCACUGCCAUGACACGGAUAGCUAAUAGCUAAUCUAUUAUUUGCUCAACAGUAUAUGUAUAAUGACAGGAUAGCUGAAAAGGCCAAAAGCAAGAAAACCAGUUAACUUACCUUACUCAUAUUGUCAACUUUUGAAUUUUAUUCGACAAAAUUUCACGCCACCAGAAUCAGCUAAUUUUUGGACGCACGAUCUAAUGUAGCUGAUUACUGGAUGCGGGUAGAUUUAAAGAGUUGUCAUUAGUUAAGUAAAUUAUUGAUUGAAAUAGAAUUGCAUUUUCCAGCCAUUCAUAGUUCAACCAUGAUCAAAGAAAUUAUCUAUAUUCAGAAUGUUUGUAAUAGGCUGCAGUUGCCGCAUCAGAUUCCACUGAAUACGAUGCCUUCGUAUUAUAAUAUAUUGAAUACGUGAUCUGUGUUGCCUGUCAUAUUAUAUCGAUGAUGGUGGUGACAUAUUUCAUCAUUGUUGGUAAGUUAAUUCUAAUAAAAUUCGGAACAGUUCGUAGCUCAAGAUGGUUAAAAUAACGGCUCCAGAGUAGGGCCAAUAUGUUGUAAUUACUAACUUGACAAAGGAUAUAAUAAGUUGUGUGAAAUGUUGAUUACUCAAAUCUUGAAACUUUGAAACAAAUUUUGUGUGAUAGCUAACAUGUUAAGCAAACUGAUAAUUAUUCAUGCUAACAAUUUGAAUUAUAGAUUGUAUUCCUCGCUGUAAGAUAUAUACGUACCCUAACAAUAAGACGUUUGUCCUGCGUACAUUUUUAGGUAAACUGAUCGUUCCUAUAAUGCUACUGGUUGUAUACUCUUUGAUGUCCACAGUAUUGAAUUAUUAUUGGGAAGAAAAAUAUAUCCUCCAAAUCGUUGAAGUAAUAUUUAAUUAAAAAAAAAAAAAAAAAAAAUCUAGUUAAUGCUGCAAUAUUCACUUUAUACACGUUUAGGUAUACAUAUUCAUACAAUUAUACAUAUUUUAUUGAAGAGUCCCUCCUUCCUAUUGGAGUUAUUUAUAGUAAUAUUUCCACUAGCUACGAUAUUGGACCGCGAUUUGUAAAUAUAAAAAUACACCUUUUAACAUUCUUCCGAAGUAACAAGUUGUAAGUGUAAUAAAAUAGUAGUAUCGCAGCAUACAUUUUAUAUCAUAGUGAAAAUUUAAAAACUUCAGAAAAAUGUAAAACGCGACAGUUCUUCAAGCAUUUUCUUGUGUUUUUUGCAAAAAUGAGUAUUCUGUCAUAAUAAUCAAAACAUACUUCAAUCUACAGAUUCCGAAAUUACUCAUAAACGAGAUUUAUCUGUUGAUACCUUUACUGAGAAUUUGUACACAAUAGAUAAUAUUAUUCACUUUCGGUCGACAUAACGCUUCGAAAACAUCUAUACCUGCUGAGGAUAGAUUAAUAUUGCAACAGAAUCAGUCAUGCCAGGAUGUCUAAGGGGUGUAAACAAAACUUCGUUACAGUACCAAUAUAAUUUUUCGUGUGGCAAUCUGUUGAGUUUGAAAAAGAAGAAAAACAAUAUUCAUUCGGUAGUCACAUACUUAUGAUUAUAAGCUUGAAAAAUAUGCAAUUCAACGCAAUGGUCAAUGGCAAUAUCAUAAAACACUCUCUAAAUUGCAGUGAUUGAAUUACUAAAAAUUAUGCAUUUUGCGUCAUAAAUAUUUAAAAAAACGCUUAAUAUGUGCAGUUCGCGUAGGUGGUUGACGGGUAUUUUUCUACACGCUCUGAUGUUUUAAAACAAGAAAUAUUAAUUAUAGAUAUACAUAUAUUAGAGGUAAGGAAAUUUAAUGUGAGGUAUUCGAAAUAAGCCUGGCUAUUCAAUGUACGUCGAAUAUGAAAUUAUUCAGCAUACAGUUUGUAUACCAGUAUUUCUAUACACAGGUAUGCCAAUGCUCGGGUACAUUGAUAAUUUAUGAUAAAUUUUUAUUAAACCUUUAAGAUCAUGGUAGAUCAUUGAUAAUUAUUAUACAUAAAAUCAUGGGGUGUAAGGACGAUAAUAUUGUUGGACAAUAAGAACUGAAUUAUUGAACUCAUGUAAACCUAGUCAAUAUUUUGCAGUAUAUACGAAAUAUUAUAUCCUGUUCAAUAGGCCUAUGAUUAACAGAUUGUAAAUUCUUACGGAAGAUAAACACAGCUUGAUUUGGUUGCUUAUAGAUGAAUAAUGGUCUAUCUUAAAAAUGGGCAAAUCGACAGAAAUCGCUGUUGGGUUUGUUUCUUUUUUUUUUUUUUUUCAUCUCCUAAUUCUCUGUAAAGAUAAAUUUGAAACUUUAUGAAAAACGCAGUACGAAUAGCCUGUGUGUAGUUACUUAUUGUGCCAAAGACUAAAUACUUCAGGACCUUGCAAUCUUGAGUUCACUAUUAGGAGUCAUGUUGUCUGUGUUUAUAAAUAUUUAAAUCCUGCGAGUGAAAUUAUAAGAGUCAAUUUAUCUAACGUGUUCGUUGGAGAUUUACAAUCCAGCUAAAUAAAAUUAUUGAGCCAUUGGUCUGGCUUACUUGUCCUGUUUAUAACGAAAAGACAGCAUUUUUUUUUGUAAUAUAUCGAACUGUUU